AUGGAGGUUGUUGAGAGUAGUGUACUGGAGCCAGGGGCUCCAGGACGCUCCACAAUAGACCCAGGGUUGAAGAGGCUCUCCUUUGCAUACCAAAGCCUCCUGGAGAUUCCUUAUGAUGCCAUUUUCAAACAGCGGAACACACUAGAGGUCCUGGACCUCAGUUAUAACCUGCUGGAUGAGAGCCCGGCUCUUCUGGGGGAGCUGGACAAGCUGAGCACUCUCAUCCUGGAUGGGAACAACUACAGCUCUCAUGUCAAGUUCCCCUACAUGCCAAGUCUCACUACACUGUGGAUCAACAAGAACAAAAUAAGCAACCUUCCCAUCAUAGUUGAAGAGAUAUGCUGCAAGUUCCCCAAUAUCAAAAUACUUAGUAUGAUGAACAAUGAGGCAGCACCCAGUUACUUUAAUGGAGGCAGUCUGACCCAGUACAUUGAUUACAGGCAGUAUGUUAUAAGUCAGAUCCCCAGUCUGGAGGUGCUGGAUGACACCGAGGUGCAGGAGAAAGAUAGAGCACAGGCCAGGAAGACUUACUGGAUUCAGAAGAGCAGAGAUGGUAGUAAAAGAAGGAAGGAGCUCCAUCACUGA